CCCCCCCCCCCCCCCCCGGUAAUGGUAUUAGAGUUUUUUUCCAAUACCCUCUGAUUAGUACCAACCAUAAAAAAGAAAGAAAACAAUUUUACUUUUGGUUUACUCGUUUUUUUCAACUCUGCGAUCUUGCUAGUUGAUACCAUACCAUACCGCCGGGAUGAUUGUGGGCCGUACGGUUGGUUUUUCUUCAGACCUUUGAUGCCCACAACUUGGAGUUGUAUCUCUUUCUGUUAUCUAUCCGAUAUAACAAUACAAGGACAUGGGAUGCCUGGUGUCAACACCGAAAGAUACAGUUGGAAAUAGGAGGAGGCCAUCAAACAUCGGUGAUGUUUCUGUUUAUGUUCCUGGUCUGCGAAUACCUAAACCCGUUGAUUUCUCUCAGUCACUUGGUGAUCAUUUGUCCAAGAGUUUAGUAGAACGUCUAUCUGCUUUAAGAACUCGUAUAGUUGUAAUGGCUGGCCAAGAAGGUCCUACAAUCACAAGAACAAGGAGAAGAACCCAACACGGUGGUUCAACAUUAGCUGAUCUCCAGCAGGCUCUCGAGGAUUACUUACCUGUUCUUUUGGGAUUAAUGAAAGAUGGAAGCCAGCUACAACACAAGGUUCAAUUUGUGUGGGUAAAUCAAGAGGAUGAUGCAGAGGAAACAGCUAUGUCUAAUGGAUGGUACGAGGUGAUGUCAAUUUUGCAUUUAAUGGCAAUGCUAUCAUUAUCACAAGCUAACUUAUUACUUCUUCCGAGAACAUCUGCUGACGGUCACCAGCCAAAAGUAUCAGAAGAGAGUAGACGAGCUUCUGUUGAUAUAUUCCUGAAGGCUGCAGGACACCUUGACUGUGCUGUCCGACAUGUUCUCCCACAGUUGCCUUCUGAGCUCAAGAGAAACCUUCCAGUCGAUCUAGCAGAGGGAGUUCUUCGAGCUCUUUGCUUACAAGCACUAGGACAGGGUGUUGAUAUUCAACUUGGAAUGGCAAUUGAUAGUACAAAAGCCACUCUUGCAGUGAAGCGAAGGCUUGCAUGUGAGAUGGUAAAGUAUUGGCAGCAGGCUCAAGAUAACAUUAUGAAUCUUCCAUUAUUAAAUGGUUGGGGUGAAAAGCAUAAACUCUUUGUGAAGUGGAAAUAUGUUGAGGCAAAGGCUGCAGCAUAUUAUUAUCAUGGUUUAAUCCUCGAUGAGGGUAACACAGAAAAAUUUCAUGGAAUGGCUGUAGCUGCUUUGCAAGCAGCAGACGAGUAUUUUAAAGAAAGUAAGAAGGCAUGUGAGGCAUUUAAUGCUGCUUCUCCUUUGUCCAGAAACCCACCACUUUGGGGAACCAUGAAAUAUCUAUCUGAGAAAAUCCCAAAAGAUACUUCAAGCAAAGUGCGAAUAAACCGUGAUCUGUACUCUCAUGCAAAAAUCAUGGAGACGGCACCGACAUUGCCUGACUUUGCUCUGGCCUUGAAACCCGACGAAUAUCAACUUCCUCCAGUGGAUCCCUCUUGGAACAUGGAGCACACAAAUAGGGGACCUACAGCUUCCAACCAGCUCAGGAAUGACAGGAAAUAAGUCGAUGUAUGAUAAUUUUCUGCAUUACAGAAGUAGAGGGGUCAAUGAAUGACCAUUCAAAAUCAGGUGGAUUAUGUAAUGUAAAAGGUGGCAUUUUGUUCCCUUCUACUUUUUCUUUAUAAAUUUGUUUUCUUCUUCCUCCCAUUCA